AUGGCUUCAGCAGAUGAGCGCAACUCACGCACAAUCCACACAGCCGCCUGUCUAAUCAUCGGCGAUGAGGUGCUCGGCGGCAAGACGGUAGACACCAACUCGGCUUACAUGGCCAAGUGGUGUUUCCAGCUGGGGAUCAACCUGAAGAGGGUGGAGGUCAUUGAGGAUGACGAGGAUGAGAUUGUGGAAGCCGUGCGGAGAAUGAGCGAUCGCUAUGACUUUAUAGUCACCAGUGGCGGUAUUGGUCCGACUCACGACGAUAUCACCUACCAGUCUAUCGCCAAGGCAUUCGGCCUGAAGCUUGUCCUGCACGACGAGGCAUACCAGCGCAUGGUAAAGCUGAGCAAACCUCACAAGAGCGACAAGAACUUCAGCUGGGAUGUGGAUUCCCCACAGAAGACGGCACGUCUGCGUAUGGUCCAGUUACCUAUUGACGAGUCACGCGAUCAAUCGAAGCAGGUUCUCUUUCCACGUGAUGAGUUGUGGGUGCCCGUCUCAGUUGUCAACGGCAAUGUCCACAUCCUCCCUGGUGUCCCAAGACUCUUCGAGAGCCUCCUCGAGGGAAUCAAGCCAGCCAUCAUCAGCCGCCUUGUAGACCCACAGGGUAAGGGAACCACUCGGAUUCUGUUUUCGACACCGCUGCCCGAAAGCGCUGUCGCAGGCUAUCUUACAGACUUGGCCGCAAAGGUUGCACCAAAGGGCAUCAAGGUUGGCAGUUAUCCGCGCUGGGGCAAGCAAAACAACUCUAUCACACUUGUUGGACGGGAUAAGGAUUACUUGGAGAGCUUGGUGGCAGAAGUUGAGCAGAAUGUUCAAGGCAAGCGUGUUUUAGCGGAGGGCGAGGACGACGAGAAUGUGAAGACACCUGUUUAA